CAAUUUACGUCACGCGUUAGUUAGGCGUCAUAUGUCGUAUCGACCGACCUGUAGCGUUUAACAGGUGGAUACCUUAUCGUAUCAUUGAUAAGGGUCAAAGAGCGUAAAUUCUGGUGUUUGAAAAUGUUGGGAAAACACUCGUUAACGUAUUGUUUCGCGUUUGCCGUUUUCUUCAAAUUCACGUGUUGUUAUGACGUCAAGAAAUACUCGUUGCUUAUGCCAAACGUGAGACCCAAUACGCCUGAACUAUAUCUAUGUACUCCAGUUCGGAUAAAUUAUAAAAAAAAUUAUUAUAUUACUGGUUUUGAGCCAAAUGCAACAAUGGAAACAGCUCAUCAUAUAUUGCUUUAUGGCUGCUCCAAGCCAGGUAGUGCAAAGCCAGUUUGGAAUUGCGGAGAAAUGAUGAUUAGUGCAAAUAAUCGAGAUACAGCUUCUCCUUGUAGCGAAGGGACUCAGAUUAUCUAUGCAUGGGGAAGGGACGCUCCCAAAUUAGACUUACCAGAUGGAGUGGGCUUUAAAGUAGGUGGUAAAUCUUCUAUACAGUAUAUUGUCCUGCAAGUACAUUACGCACAUAUUGAUCACUUCAAGAACGGUAGAACAGAUAACUCAGGUGUAAUUCUGCAUUAUACGACAUACCCAUUGAGUAAAUUAGCUGGUGUUAUCCUGUUAGGAACAGGUGGUGUCAUACCACCUAGGGAAAUAGUACACAUGGAAACUUCUUGUUCUAUAACAGAGAAUAAAACUAUUUAUCCGUUCGUAUAUAGAACACAUACUCAUUCGCUCGGAAAGGUAGUGUCUGGUUAUGUAGUGAAACCAAAUAACACAUGGAUCGAACUCGGUAAGAGAGAUCCAUUGACUCCUCAAAUGUUUUAUCCUGUUACUCACAAAGUUCCAAUUACGUAUGGUGAUAGACUGACGGCUCGUUGUACAAUGGAAAAUACACGCGAUAGACCAACUUAUAUAGGUUUAACGAAUGAAGAUGAAAUGUGUAAUAUGUAUAUUAUGUAUUAUGUUGAGAAUGAUAGCCCGCUAAAGCAGAAAUAUUGCUUUUCUCAAGGACCACCUUUGUAUUAUUGGAAUCAAGAGUUCAGAAACAUUCCUGACAAAGAGGCAUCUACAUUGUAAUAUUCCAACCAAUAGAUCAAUAAUAGAUCAAUUUUAUUUUAUCAUGCAGAAUUAGGAAAAAUCCUAAUAUUUCCACAGAUUGUAUAUUUAAAUGCAUUUAAAUUCAGUGGGAUAAAAUUUAUAUUUAGAGAUUAAAUCAUCCUAAUAUAAUUUACAACUGAUUUUUUGUUUUAUAUAUAUAUAUAUACACACAAUCAUUUACAUUGCUAUACUCUUGUUAUGAAAUUUAUAUGAAAUGAAUUUAGCAAUGUUUUCUUAAAUUUAAAAUUAUAUAUAACUUUGAAGUUGUUAAUAGCAUAUGAAAUUUUAACAAGGUGUGAUUAUUGUUUUUUAAGAUAAAAUAAAGGCAGUACUCAUUCUUUUUAAUUUUGAAGUAAAAAUAUAAUAUGAAAAUAUAAUGUGAAAUGCUUUUGCAAAAUAAUUUAAUUUAAUUAUUAAUUAUUAAAAUAAAAUAUAAUAAUUACACACAUAAAUUAUUCAGAAUUAAUUUCUAAUGUUUUACUUUUCAAGUAAUUAUAGUUGAGAAUGAACUAUGAUCAGGGUACAUUGUACUUAUUUUACACUCUGUGACUAACUCUUGAAAGAUUUGAUAUUAAUUUAUAGUGGAAUACCUCUUAUUGUCAAUUGUUAUAAAUGUGACAUAUAAUCAUCUUGAAUUGCUAUUGCAAUUUAUACUGCAAGUUGCUGACCGGUUGUUUGUACACAAUAUGUAUAAUUUUUGUGACACAAAUUAGUCUACAUUGAUCAAUAGUUUAAAUUGGCUUACCACUUAAUCAAUAAUUGUACUUUACAAUGUACUCUUUUGAAGUUAUAAAUUUGAUUUCAAAUUAUAUAUAAAAUUAAAUAUUAUUUUAUAUUGGAAUUAUCAUAUAUGUGUAUAUGUACCGAAGCACGAUGCAGAUGUGAUAUAAAGAAGAUGCAUAAAGAGAUAACACUAAACUUAGGCCUAGUGUUUCAGUUAAUAUUUAUAAUUAUGUAAUUUGUCAUUAUACGUAAUUUGAAAAGAGUUAUUGAAGAUUAUAUAUAUAUGUGUGUAUAUGUACGUAUAUAUUCUUUUAUCUUAAUAGCCAAUUCAUUGAUUAUUAGCAGUAUCAGAAUUGAAACAUUUAACACAAUUACAUACUCAAUAUACCUCAAUAUAAUUAAAUAAUCCCGAUAUAUAUCAUUAACAGAAUGGCAGUUUAUUUUUUGUAACAUUUGUAACAAUUUAUUUUUUGUAACAUAUACAUUCCAAACAGAUUUUCGAAAUGAUUAUAAACAGGUGCAAUUGUUCAUUAAUUAAUAAUAAUUAAAAAUAUUUAUUAUUAAUUAACGAAUUAGUUUUUUUAGCAAAAGAAUGUGCUAAAGACUAUGUAGAUAUAUUAAUUAUUAAUUUUUUUUUAUACGCGAAAAGUUUUAUUCGAAACUAACAAUAAGGCCAAAAUGAUGUUAUCAUAUAAAUCGUAUUGUAGCACGAAAUUUCAUUUAAUCUCAAGCAGCUUACUGAGAAUUAUCAGUCUGGUAAUUUGAUUAAUGAUUUGAGGAGAAUUAUUUUAGAACGUUUCUCCCGAAACGAGAUGUCAAUAUAUGUGAAAUCGGCGAGAAUACUGUUUCAGAAAUGUAACGAAGUCUUUCUUUUCAUAUCUUCCUUAAAUAUUGUACAUAUAUAUGUACAAUCGCUCAGGCAUCUCCACUUGACUUCUCGAAACUACAUUUAAAUAUUAAAUAAAGAAAUAUAGAUCUUUUUCCCCGUCCCAGCGUAUUUUUCGCGAGACCAUUGAUGGAUCGAUAUUUAUUUUCGAGCAUAUAUAAGCGUAUACAAACUAAAAAUCUAAUUAUAAGAUUUAUGGAUUCAAUAAACAACUUACGCAAA